CAUUACCUCUUCAUAUAAAGGAAUUAGAUAUGUAUACGAAAAAGGACAUAAUUGAUAAAUUACCACAUGAUGUAGAAUAUUGGUAUGCGCCACAAAAUGAUUUUACCGACGAUUUGAUGUCACGUUCUUCACGUAUACUCAAUAUAAAAAUACAACCAGCUGACAGUGAAAAGAGUCUUAUUAUGUUGCAUUAUUCAAAAAAUAUAUCUACUAAAGCAUUAUGGGCAAUCUUUGAAGUAAACAAAGAUGGACGACCGAAUACUUUAAAUUACAAAAUUCGUUCCUCAGAAAUCGGCGAAAGUAAACUUAUGAUGCACGAUGAAGAACCGUCUUAUAAAGAUCCUUACAUCUGGACCGGUUUCAUGGCAUUUCAAAUGGCAAUUGAAAAUUCUUUUAUCGAUAUAUGGAAAAAUUCACAAAUUUCUCCUAUAGGAGAAAACUUGACAAUAACUCGUUAUCCUUAUUAUAAGAUUGAUUUUCUUAUAAUACAAAGUAUCGUUUAUCCGAAUAUUAAUGUUAUUUAUUACAUGACUGUGAUAGCUUUUCUUCUUUUACCAAUGGCAAGUCUGCAGAAAAUGAUUCACGACAAAGAAACUGGUUUCAGAGGUCUUAUGAGAUUAACAAAUAUGUCAUUUACCGUCAUGUAUCUCGGUUGGUUAAAUUAUUUGAUGAUUUCUUGUCUGCCAGUCGGAAUAGCAUGUACCAUAUUACUCUAUCCAAUAUUCAUGAAUUCUUAUUUAAUAACGAUUUUUCUUUUUAUUACCAUGUAUAUUAUUCUCUCGACAUUAGUUGUCUUUGCUGUUGGAACUUUCUUUCGAUAUUCAAUGAAAGCGAUAUUGAUAUCACUCUCAAUUUGGAUAUUCCUAUCUUAUUUUACUAUUGUUCUGGAUCAAUUCUUGGUAACAGCUUCUCUGACCUGGCAUAUUGUAUCGUUGAUUUUACCACAUAGUGGUUUACUUUAUGGAAUUAUGGCAUUCGCAUCUGGAGCAGAAAUUGAUAAAUAUUUAUUAAAUUCAUUGAAAGAAUUUUUAAUUAUCAAUGGAACUCAGUCAUACAUUAAUUUAUCAUCCCCAAUAUCGACAAGGGAAAUCUCUGAGACAACAAACAAUGAAUACGAAAUUAUUUAUAUAAAAGAGAAAAUAUCUAUUAAUAUAGUUUUGAUAUCUUGGAUUCUGCAUAUUAUUUUUUGGUUAUCUCUUACAAUAUAUUUAGAUAACAUUAAUCCUGGUCAAUAUUGGAGUGCUAAACCAUGGUACUUUUUAUGUAAGAGAGCUCAUCCAAAAAAUAUAUAUUACAAGUAUAAAUUACGAGGUUCCACAAAUUGGUCAGCUGUGGAAAGAAUCCCAUCCUUCAUAAAGUUAUCAAUCUUAGUACGAUGUGCCACUAAAAAAUUCGGUACAUUUGGCAAUAGUUCUACAAUUCUGAACGAAGUUACCAUUGACUUUUAUCAAAAUGAAUUCAGUGUAAUACUUGGAAACAAUGGUUCUGGAAAGAGCACUCUAUUAAAACUUAUAACAGGAAUAUAUAGUCUUACGGGUGGUGGUAUUUAUGUGCAAGGAAGAGAUUUCAAUGAGGAUAUAAAUAUCACUAAUUUCUUUGGUUACUGCCCUCAAGAGAAUAUUUUAGUCAAUUAUAUGACAACUGUUGAGCAUCUCUACAUAUUUGGAAUGAUGAAAGGAAUGACAUAUAAAGAUGCUUAUGCCAAUGCGUUGGAAUUAUUAAAAAAGCUUAGAUUAGAGUCUGUGAAGAAUAAAAAAUUAAAAGAUUUAUCUAAUGGCAUGCAAAGACGUAUUUGUCUGGGAAUGGCCUUAAUUGGAGAGUCUCAAAUACUAAUAUUGGAUGAGCCAGCUAAUGGAGUUGAUUCGGAAGACAGAAGACAAAUUUGGGAUUUGCUAUCGAUAACGUCAAGAGCAAUUUUAUCGAAUUAUCGUAUUUUUAUAGGGAUUGGAUACAUUUUAAGUUUAGUGGUACAUGAAAAUUAUAACCUAAACCUUCUGCAAACAGAAAUACAAAAAUUUUCUUCCGAAGUAAUCACUUUGCGAGGUAUAAUGGGUUUGGUAAUUAGAUUUGAUGUACCAAGAAACAGCAGGUUUACGAAAUUAUUACAAUAUCUUAACAAUAACAAGCAAAGGCUGAAUAUAGUCUCUGUUACUUUUACUACUGCUAGUAUUGAGGGUCAGUUUCUAAGAAUAAGUCUUGCAAGUCAAUUCAAAGAACGUGGUGUAAAAUAUCCUAGUAAAGAAUAUGAACUCAUUGUUCAACAAAGAAGACAAAAUAUUUUACGAAAUGCCAAACCUUGGGAUCGACUUUCAGGAACGGUAUUAUGGUAUCAACAAAUUUUUGCUAUGUUUUUUAAGAAAUUUUUACAUGUUACUUCAUCUUGGAAAUUGUAUCUAUUAUCUAUAAGUUUGGCUACAAUCACGUUAAUAUUAGCUACGAUGAUCAACGAGCUUAGUAAUUGUACAAUUUUUGAUACAACGGAAAAAACGAUGAGUUUAAAGGACUAUGUCGAUAGUAAUUUUAAAACAUUAUAUUAUGCAGCCGACAGUACACUUGCUAACAAAUUUCUUGUUACUCUUUACAAAACUAGUCGUUCAUAUAACGAGAAAGGAACAUAUCACGUGUUGAGAACCAUCCCAGCAUCAGAGAUCAUGACUAAUCCGAAUCUUCACUCUAUAAAAUUCAAAGAUCGUUGUUUAAUGUCUGUCGAUAUACAAUCCGAUGGAUCUAUUGAUCUUAUGUAUUCUUCAACUUUCGUACAUAGUGGACCUGUUGCGUUAAAUUUAUUAAACAAUGCGAUACUACGUCAUUAUUGUGGUUCUAAUAAAUGUAAUAUUGAAUUAAAGAAUCAUCCUUUGAUCCAUCCAAAGAAAUGGCAGCAUCAAUUUGUACAUUCUCGAAACAUAAGAAACUGGCAGAACGCUGCAAUUAUCGGAACUCUAUUUCUUCUCUUACCUACGAUCGACUUAGGGAUAAAAGAAUUAAAUUCAUUAUCAAAAAUGUUGCAAAUCAAUACAGUAGGCGUAUCGACUUUGAUGUAUUGGAUACCUAUCUAUAUCAUAGAUCUUUUGAUAUAUAUAAUUACAGUAUUAAUUCUUGCAGCAUUCUUCCUUGUUACAUAUAAUGAAGAAAUAUUUCUGGUCACUGACAUUGUUCAAGUACUUUAUAUUUUUUUGUUCUACGGUGCCUGUGCGAUUCCAUUCAACUAUUGUAUACAAUUAUUCACGAAGAAACAACAAAAUGUUUAUUUAAUUGUAAUAUUAAUAAACAUUUUUGUGAUAUUAUUAUUAAAUGGAUUUUUUAUAUUUCCCAUAUUUUAUACAUUUGAUCAUUAUGGACGAUAUUUAUUCGAAUUAUUUUUGCAUAUUAUUCCAUCUUACAAUCUAGCAUGUGCUCUAAGUAAUUAUCUUAUAUUGAAUUUAUACAACAAAAAGUGUAGUAAAAAUACUUGUGACACUGAAAUUAGUAUCGAAAACCCAUGUUGUCAAAACUGUGGUGAAAAAAUGUGUUUUAAAUCGUUAAAUACCAUGUUAACUAGACAGUCUGGUCAAGAUUUUUUCCAUUCAGUGUUUGACGAUUUAAUAAUCAUGUUAUCGAUGACAAUCGCUUUACAUUUAAUAUUACAAAUUUUCGAAGAAGCGAAUCGUUUAAAGUGGUACAGGCCUAUCGUAUCAUAUGAAAACAAUAAUAAUACAUUGGAAUUAACCGUAAUCAAUGAAAAGAAACAAGUAGAAGAACACAUGAAAUUUUACAAAGAAAAUCAAUGUCUUCCUAAACACGUUGUGUUAGCAGCUAAAAAUUUGACAAAAAUAUACGGCAAAGCUAAAAUUGUUCAAAACGCCAAUUUCAACGUAUAUCAACGAGAUUGUUUUGGUCUUUUGGGACUUAAUGGUUCUGGAAAAUCAACAAUUUUUAAAAUGUUAAUUGGACAAACAAGAAUGUCUGUUGGAAAAGCUGUUAUAUAUGAAUAUGAAUUUCUAAAGAAUUUAGAAAUGUUCAUAGGUAUGAUAGGAUAUUGUCCGCAAGUCAAUGGUUUGAACGAUUUCAUGACAGGAAGGCAACAUUUGAUAUUAUAUGCAGCUCUUCGUGGUAUACCUUCUGAAAAUUUAAUCGAUGAAGUCAAUAAAUGGAUAGAUUUAUUAGAUCUUUUGGGAUUUGAAAAUAUGAAAAUUAGAAAUUGUUCCUGGGGUAUACAAAGGAAGAUUUCUAUUCUUCAGAGUUUGAUUGGUGAUUUGCCAUUGAUACUGCUAGAUGAACCAUCCACGGGAAUUGACGUAAUUGCUAGAGAAGCUAUAUGUGAUGUAUUGUAUCAGAUUCGAGAGAUGGGAAGAUCAUUGUUAAUUAUCACGCACAAUAUGCAAGAAGCUGAGGCAAUGUGUAUUCGUGUUGGAAUCUUAGUGGACGGACGAUUUGUAGUAAUUGAUUCCUGUGAAAAUUUAAAAAGAAAACAUGAUAAUAAUUUCUUUCUAACCAUUAGUGUGACGCCAGUAUUUCAGGAUCAUCAGCAUUUAGUAAUAAUUAACAAUGUCAUGAACGAGGCAUUUCCUGGUAUUAAUUUAAAAGAUUUUCAUUUGGGAAUUAUCGAGUAUGAAUUAGAAAGUAAUAUUUCACACAGCAAUGUGUUCGACAUAUUAGAACAACUAAGACGAAGAUAUCCGUGGAUAACAGAUUUUACUAUACAUCAAUCAUCGAUGGACCAAGUUUUUCUCGAUUUAGCUAUAAAGAAUGAUUCAAUUAUUCAAAAACAAAUAUUACGGAGAACAAAAUUCUUGAAUUUUUUGAAGCGUUUUAAACAAAGAAGCAAACCUAGAGCUUCAAUUUUUACAAAUUCAUAAGAUGUUCAAAAUAUA